UCGGUGUCCCCUGUACGGGGGCACCGGUAUGGGCCGAUAAGGUAGCGGCCAGUCGGAGGAUCAGAGCGUCGAUUCAACAACUUCAACGCCGACUGGCCGUGAGAAUAAUACGGUCCUACUGCACGACAUCGUUCGUGGCGGUCACAGCCCUGGCGGGCGUUAUCCCGGUGGAGCAUCUGGCGAAAUUGUACGCCGAAGUCUAUCGGCGUACAAGGGACCCGGACCGCCCGGGAAGCGCCCGUCUAAGACCAGGGGCUGUGGAGAAAAUAAAGAAGGAGGCCCGUCGCAGGGCGAUACUCGCGUGGCAAGCUGCUAUCGAGAGCUCUGCGGCGGGGAGAUGGACCACCCACGCCAUCCAACCCUGUCUACCGGAAUGGGUGGACAGGCGGGGACGGGGACUGGGGUAUCAUCUUACACAGGUUCUCACCGGAUACGGUUGUUUCGGUGAUUACCUGUGUAGGAUUGGCCGGGAGCACACGACAAAGUGCCACCACUGUGCGGCCGGUCGGGACUCGGCGCUGCACACUCUCACCGAAU